AUGAGUCUUACACUUUCCCAUGUAUCAAUCAACCCUUGUAAGAUCAGAGAAAGAAAUGGCAAACAAUUCAUGUCUCAAAACUUCAUCAAUAUUCUUUCUACCAAAAGAGCAGAAGAGAGUAGUGUAUCUUCUUCUAUUAAGCCUCAAAAGUCCAUUAAACUCUCAACCACAAGAGCUGAACUGACUAUUGUGGCUCCUACCAAGCAAAGUUGCAUACCUUUUUUUCCUGAAUUGACAAAACCAGGAAUUCCAUUCUCUGAUUUACAUGUAGAAGAAGUUGUCAAAAGGCAGUCUCAGAAGAUUCACAGCUUUGACAGAGAUGUUCAAGCUCGAACAAAGCCGCUUUUCGAUCCCAACUUUCUUGAGGAAUCAUAUGAAAGGUGCAGGGGUAUUUGUAAAGAAAAUGCCAAGUCCUACUAUCUAGCCACCUUGUUAAUGACAGAAGAAAGAAGAAAAGCCAUAUGGGCAAUAUAUGCUUGGGGUGCAAGGACAGAUGAGCUUGUUGAUGGCCCCAAUGCUGAGUACAUGAGCUCUGAAGUUCUUGACAGAUGGGGAGAGAGACUUCGAGAUAACUUCGAAGGACGACCUCAUGACAUACUCGAUGCUGCACUAGUAGAUACUAUUUUCAAGUUCCCUUUAGAUAUUCAACCUUUUAUAGACAUGAUUGAAGGUAUGAGGAUGGACACCAGAAAAUUUCGAUAUGAAAACUUUCAAGAACUCUAUCUGUACUGCUACUAUGUAGCUGGAACUGUUGGGUUGAUGAGUGUUCCAAUAAUGGGAACUUCACCAGAAUCUUUGAUCUCUGUGAAGAGAAUAUAUGAUUCUGCACUAUACUUGGGAAUUGGCAAUCAAUUGACAAACAUUCUAAGAGAUGUUGGAGAAGAUGCUAUAAAAGGGAGAGUUUAUCUUCCACAAGACGAACUAGCGCAGUUUGGAUUAUCCGACAAGGAUGUUUUCUCAGGAAAAGUUACUGAGAGAUGGAGAGAAUUGAUGAAAGAACAGAUAACAAGAGCAAGAUUCUACUUCAACUUAGCAGAAGGAGGAGUUUCUCAACUAGAUAAAGCCAGCCUUUGGCCGGUAUGGUCGUCCUUGCUGUUGUACCGAAGCAUUUUGGAUGCAAUUGAAGAAAAUGAUUAUGAUAACUUCACAAAGAGAGCAUGUGUGGGGAGAAGUAAGAAACUUCUGAUGUUGUCUUUGGCUUACACAAGAUCACUAUCUACACCAACCUCCACAACAAACCCUAGAAUUCGUCUUCUUCGAAAAGCUCUCUGAUAGAGAGAGAAAAAGAACAAGAGAGAGAAAGAGAGCGGUGGUGAACAACCCGAUGUUUUUAAUUAUGUUUUUUCUUUUUUAUUUUUAAAUUAUUUUGAGCCUUUCCCUCUAUUUUUCUCUUUUUAGAAAUUUUGGAAAAUUAUAUAUUAUAAAAAUUUGAUAUUUUAAUGUGUUUUCUGACGUGGCAAAUAUUAUUGGUUGGAUGUGUGAUCUGCAUUCUUUUAUUAUUUUUGCAAUUUUUCUUGGGUCGGGAAAAGAAAUCUUCGGUUGAAAUUGUUUCAAAUAUGAUAAUUAAAAAUUAUUUUUUUAAAA